AUGAACGAUAACUUUUGGGAGCUUGAAGUCGACGUUAAUCUCAAUGGUGUCAUCCGCGGCACGUUAUUGGCUCAAAAGUUCAUGUGCAAACAGCGAGGACACAAAGGUGGCGUCGUGGUGAACAUUGCAUCCAGUGCUAGCAUACAGCCGCAAAUCUCGACACCUAUUUACACGGCUACCAUGCACGGAAUUAUCGGUCUGACCAAAGCUUGCGGGGAUCCCUUUCAUUACCAAAACAGCAAUGUCCGAGUUUUCGCCUAUUGCCCGGGACCUAUUGAGAAAACCUCCGAGGAAGAAACGCGUGGUCGUGGUUUACCGGCAUACGAUGAGGCCAAAGAGAUGGAUAAGGCAGUGGCAACACAAAAAGCGGAGCAUGUAGCCAAAGAACUUAUUCCUUUACUGAAAAAUGCAUCAACAGGAUCCAUUUGGUUGGUAACGGAGGGUAAACCAGCGGUAGAAAUUCCUUAUACCACUUUUUAG